UCUUCCGUCCAUUACGUCUCUCAGCUGAGCCUCAUUACGCUUUUCUUUCAAACAUAAUAAAAAAAGGGGGGCGAGAGAGAGAAAAUUCUUCUACUUUUGUUCUGCAAUACUAGAUUUUCUUGUCAACCAAACACGAAAUAUUCCUUUACGUUUUAAUUUUCUUCUUAGUGAUUUAGAUUUUCGAUUCCUUUGAUGAAUAAAGGGAAGAUUUUAAUUAGAUUGUUGUGACGAUGUCAAAAAAAGCAACCAGCUGCGCUAUUUGCGACAAUUCAAAUCGCGCUUCCAUUUGCGUCUUUUGCGUCAAUUACAGAUUAAAUGAAUAUAAUUCUUUGUUAAAAUCAUUAAAAAGCCGUCGUGAUUUCUUAUAUUCAAAACUAACCGAAGUGCUUGCCGCAAAGGGGAAAACUGAUGAUCAGCUGAAUUGGAAAAUUCGUCAAAACGAGAAACUAACUUACUUGAAAGAGAAGCAUCUUCGCAGUAAAGAACAAUUAGCGCUAGGGAAGACUAAGAUUGAGAGAAUGUCUCAUGACUUAAAGGUUAAUUAUGGAGUGCUUGAUUCUGCUCGAGCCACGCUGGAGAAAAAUCGUUUAGAACAGAUUGAGAAGUUCUAUCCCAAUCUUAUUUGCACACAAAGCUUGGGGCAUAUGGCAAUUACCUCGGAAUGUCUACAUAAGCAGUCUGUGGCCAUAAAACAAAUAUGCAAAUUGUUUCCGCAACGCCGGGUAAAUUUAGAGGGGGGAAGAAAAGACGGAUCCAGGGGUCAGUAUGACCUUAUUUGCAAUGCUCGCUUACCUAGAGGGCUUGAUCCCCAUUCUGUUCUAUCAGAGGAGCUUGCUGCCUCAUUAGGGUAUAUGGUGCAACUUCUGAAUCUUGUUGUUCAUAACUUGGCUGUUCCUGCACUUCAUAACUCAGGUUUUGCGGGGUCUUGCUCACGAAUAUGGCAACGAGAUUCUUAUUGGGAUGCACGCCCUUCUUCUCGAAGCAACGAGUAUCCACUUUUUAUACCUCGCCAAAAUUAUUGCUCUGCUGGUGGGGAUAUUUCAUGGACAGAUAGAAGCUCUAGUAAUUUUGGUGUUGCUUCAAUUGAUUCUGAGAGAAAAUUCCAUCUGGAUUCAUCUGAAAGUAGUAGCUUCAAUCAUUCUUCUGCUUCUGCUCACACUGCUGAAACACACAAGGACUUGCAGAAAGGGAUAUCUCUUCUGAAGAAAAGUGUGGCAUGCAUAACCGCUUACUGCUACAACUCACUCUGUUUAGAUAUUCCUGCUGAGGCAUCUACCUUUGAAGCAUUUUCUAAAUUAUUGGCCACAUUAUCUUCAACCAAGGAAGUUCGAUCAGUAUUUUCGUUGCAAAUGGCCUGUGCGAGGUCAGGCAAGCAAGUUCAACAGCCUUACAAAUCUGUAUGGAAUGUGAAUUCUGCAAUGUCGUCAUGCGCAUUAUUGGAGAGUGCACACAUGCUUCCUUUGAUGAAAAAUUUCUCUGAUAAUAACCUUGGCAGUUCAGCUCCCAGUUUUCUUUUUGCUACUGAGAUGUCUGAUGCUAGGAAGAAUGAAAACCCAAUUGAUGAAUGGGAUCUUGUGGAACAUCCAACAUUUCCCCCUCCACCAUCGGAAACUGAGGAUGUCAAGCAUUGGACUCGAGCCAUGUUCAUUGAUGCCACAAAGCGAUGACCAGUUCAUGUGUUAAUAACAAAUUUCUGAGAUGGAGGAUUGGCGACGGACAUCUAAUGCAUGGCCUUGACUUGUCUGACAUGUAAAUAGAAAUGAUUUGUCAUUCAUAUCGUGUAUAUAAUUUUAUUUAUUCAUUUAUUUCAUUUACUCAUAAGUUGUUUGAGUAGGGGUAAAAAUUAACCGAGCAUAAACUA